AUGAACGACUUCCCCAGCUCUGUUGGGUUCUAUCAAGAGCCCCGGGGUGCCGAAGAGGCUUCGAUUCACAGUGAUAUUGACGGCGUGAUUGACAACAUUGGUGACGGCAAUGGCAUCGUCACGCAUGCUCCGAAAGAGGGCUUUCGACUAGGCUAUUUCGACGUUGCCUGUCUAGUUAUCAACCGUAUGAUUGGUACGGGUAUCUUCAUGUCUCCACAAAGAGUCAUGAAAGGCACACAAAGUGUCGGCGCAAGUCUACUCUUCUGGGUGGCCGGCAUAAUUUAUUGUCUCUGCGGAACCCAUGUGUACAUCGAGUACGGCCUGAACGUACCCAGGUACUUGAUCAAUGGGCACGAUCAAAGCGUCCCGCGAAGCGGUGGUGAUCUCGUCUAUCUACAAUACGUCUUCCGCAAGCCUGCCUACCGUAAAAACACUCUGCUUUUGUCAACUUGUAUAUUCGGCAUCAGCUUCAUUAUUCUUGGAAAUAUGGCCGGUAACAGCAUUCACUUUGCCAUUCGAACUCUCGAAGCCGCCAACAUAACACCAGAGAAUGGUCCUGUUCGCGGCAUCGCUCUUGCUGUUGCUAUAUUCUCCUGUGGAAUUCAUGCUUUUUCUAGACGUGGAGGAAUUUUGCUGAACAACGUCCUCGCGGUCGUCAAAAUCAUGAUUAUGCUUCUCAUCAUCGUAACGACGAUUGUUGUUGCCGCGGGAGGAUUCCCAGGCGCCAAAAAUGUCUUCACCGAAAAUACUUCGACCCAGAAUUCUUUCAAGGAUGCGUCCAAGGAUGCCAACAGCUACGCCCAAGCGUUUCUCGCCAUCAUCUUCAGCUUUUCCGGCUUCGAGCAGCCCAACUAUGUCCUCGGGGAGAUUAGCAGGCCGAGGAAGAAGUUCCCAGUCGCCAUGGGUGCCGGUGUUGGAACCGUUGUGACGCUCUACCUUGCUGUGAAUAUUUGCUAUAUGGUAGUCGUUCCCCGAAGCGUGCAGAUGGACGAGAAUGUUGCUCAAAAAUUCUUCGAACUCACCUUUGGGACCCUUGGCUCAGCUAGCAACACUGGGGCCCGGAUUUUCAACGCGUUCCUAGCCAUCUCAUCUUUGGGCAACAUCAUCGUCAUGACGUACACAGCCGCCAGAGUCAAGCAAGAGAUUGCGAAAGAAGGCAUGCUUCCGUGGCCCAAGUUCUUUGCGCAGAACACGGACAUGAGCAUUGGUCGUCUACUACGCUGGUUCCAGAAGAAGGGAUGGUUCGCAUCGGUUCUGCGACUCAAGUGGUUAUCGCCAGAGCACCACAGCGAGAAAACGCCCGUCGGUGCUUUACUUCUGCAUUUUGUCAGCUGUACUAUUCUCAUCUUUGCGACCUACAAAAUGAGACCGACAGAUGCCUACACCUUGCUGACGUCGCUGAGCGCCUACGUCAUCAACGCCUUCAUCGGGACGUUUCUGGGGCUGGGAAUUCUCAUCUUGCGGUUUCGAGGACCUCCGACUACCCUUGCCGACGACGACGCCUCGACAUUUGGUAAAGACUCGCCGUCACCUAGUUGGGCCGAGAUGACUGGGAAGCGUUUCCGUCCCUUAUUGUCCAUCUUCUGCGCAUUCGUAUACAUGUGCGGCGGGCUUUACCCGGUCAUCACCACCUGGAUUCCUCCCACGACACAACUAUCUUCACAGCUGAGUUCGUGGGUGGUACCCAUCGUCUCAUGGGUCAUCAUCAGCCUGGGUGUCGCUUGGUUCAUUGGCUUCGUUCUCGUUGCUCGAUAUAUCGAGAGGAAAGACCACAGAGUAUUUGUCGUGGAGAAGAAGCCAGAAUUCGAGCCGGCACAGGGAAGUAGCCGCGGCUCUGAGGCCGGCCUUGGGACCGAUCUCAUACAGGUCCACGAGACUGUCUAUCUGAGCUGGGUUGGGAAGGAAGCGCUUCGUUCCCGGCGGCCGGUGUUUGACGACUCCAGGCAAGCCAAUGGUGAUGUGAGGGAGGUUCCAGCGUCCCCUUUCGCCGGGACUGACUUUGCUGCAUUUAUGCAGGCAGCACCGGGAAGAGGAGGACAUUGGUGA